AUGCACAGCAGCUCUACUAUCAAAGGCCGCCGGUCUCAUCGAAAGUCACGAAGUGGUUGUCAACAAUGUAAACUGCGAAAGGUCAAGUGUGGAGAAGAAAAGCCGGCAUGCAGCAAUUGCAAGAGACAUGGAGUCCAUUGCUCCUUCGCUCUCUCAAAUCGAAUGGCAGAAUCGACCCUGCUAGGUGAUCAAAGCUCCUUUUCUAGCCAAACGUCCACCCCGCAAUCCGACUACAGACCCAGCAACCCCAGCUCUCCGAGCGGUGGUGCAAGUCAGCAGCAGUUGGCUGCGCCCGGACCCGAAUUGGCCAUUGCCGAUCUGGAGCUUCUGCAUCACUACAGCACUUCAACCGCCUAUACCUUCUCCUUGCAUCCCGUUAUCCAGACACUAUGGCGCAUUGAAGUGCCCCAGAUCGCGUUUACAGCGCCUUACACCCUCCGCGCCAUUCUGGCCGUAUCUGCUUUGCAUUUAGCCGUACUACGCCCAGAAAAACAAGAAUAUUAUAUUUCCCAGGCAAGCUUCCAUCACGAUGCAUCAUUGAAACUCGCAACGCCGGAAAUAGCCAACAUUACCCACGACAAUUGUACCCCAUUGUUCCUCUUCUCGGCUCUCUCAUCAUUCAUUUGCUGCGCCAAGCCACUCAAACUAGGAAAUUUCCUGCUCUGGGAAGACCACGAAAUCGCCAAUUGGCUAAUGCUUAUCCGAGGCACCGGAACCAUCGUCGACUUUGCCGAGGAGUCCCUAAAAGCCGGACCGUUGAGAACCUUGUUCAGCGUGCAUCGACAACGCGAUGCUCAUUCCGAGGUCCCGGAACCACCCACGCAGCACCAAUUCCUGGAGGACUUUCGCCGUUUCGUCAUAGAUGAAGUCACAGACGUUCACGAGAAGCAAAUUUAUCAUGUCGCGAUCUUUCACCUGGGCACUUGCUUCACAAUUUGCUAUGAGAAAGGAUGUCGGCUCGAGACGUCCGACGUGUUCAUGUGGCUUCUGCGUGUUCCUCAUGACUUUCUAGGCUUUUUGAAAGAAUACCGACCGCUUUCUAUGGUGAUUGUGGGGUACUUUUGUGUGCUGCUACAUCAAUUGGAGUGGAUUUGGUGCAUGAAGGGCUGGGGUACUCAUAUCCUGUCGCAGAUCUAUAAUCAGCUCCGUGAGCCUGUUUAUCGAGCUUGGCUUCAGUGGCCGAUGGAACAGAUUGGCAUUCUGCCGCCGAGGUAA